AUGGAACUGGCAGCAGCUAAUAUGUCGACCACGCUGACUGUCCGCGAGCGGCUCACACUCUGCAAGUGGGCCGACAGACUACCUGGUGACAUCACUCCAACCCUCGCGCGCGGUGCGGAAUGGGUCAAGAGCGAGUUCGGAAAGGAUGUCCCCGAAUUCGUCAUCCGGACCGUCCUAGACCGGUCGGACAUGACGGAUGACUUUCAAGCCUACAACGACGGCGAGAUCGCCCCCCUGAUACGUCCAGGUUUCGGCAAAGAAUUCUGGGAGAUGCCCGACGACGAUGCCGCGUUCCCCAGCGCCGUGCAGGAGUGGAAGGCAUCCACCCUGACGUGGGGAGAGAUCGCCAUCUUGUGGUUCGUUGAGAAGAUCACGAACAAGCCCGAUUGGCAUGUCAAGGUCUUUGAUGAGGAGAUUGUUGCAAAGUGGAAGCAGGAGGUCAUGGCUGUUGACUGGAAGGCUGUGGGUCUCAAGUAUGCUUAUUUCGACGACGAUUUGUUUACCUUUGCGCUUGCUGAGCUCCGCGAGAAAGCCAAGCUGUUCGAAGCCACUGGCCUGAUCCCCAUCUUCGAUGCCUCGUCCGCCGUCAUCAAGUCUGACAGCGCCAUCACCCCGGAAGUAAAAGAGGAGCUCAAACAAGGCGUGGCCGCUCUCGAAAAUAUACCCGAGAACGAAAAGGACUGGCAUCCCGGUAGCGACGGCAAGGUCCUGGACCUCGUGCACCCUUCUCUCUGGCCUCUUGUCUUUGGAAAGUCUCGCAUCGUCGCCGCUAAGCGCAUCCUGCUCAAAGACACGCUGGCGGCCUGCGGCACAGGAGACGUCAUCCCCGUUCCCAAGAAGAGGUAUCCCGACCACCAAUCCUCCGACGACCUGUGGUCCGUCAAGUACCAGUGGCUCCCGUGCGACAUCGACAUCGAGGAGGGCAAGCCGAAAAUCAUGAGCUACAUCAACAACCUGCACCCCCAGCAUCAUGCCAGUCUCUACACCACCAUCGAAAAGGUGCUCGAGAAGGCUCUCCCCAUGUGGGAUCUGGUCUACAGGUGGCACGAAGACUACGAGAUCCUCCGCAUCCCCUGUGAAUCAGCCCGGACACAAUGCCUAGCGGAGUGCAGCCGGUGGUGUUGUCCCGAAAACCGCCCGGUAGACCCAGACGAGGCCGAACGUGACGAGGACGAAUUCAACGACGACUCCGGCGGGUAUAGCGCCGAGGAGCCCAGCCGCGAAGUCUGGCGGAGAGACAAGAUCUGGUUUGAACGCACCCACCCAAUCGAGAAGCCACCGGUCCCCGCGUACAAGCCCAUGGAGCUGCAGCCCAAGGACGUUAACCUGACCUCCGGCUUCUUCAAUCAUGCCGACCGCAUCCAGGUCAUUGUGAAGCUCGCCAACAUCCACCUCACGCCCGAGAAGCCGACGUACGACGGCGGGUCCUGGCACAUUGAGGGCCAGCUGAACGAGCACAUCGCCGCCACCGCGCUCUACUACUACGACAACGAGAAUAUCACCGACAGCCACCUCGCCUUCCGCACCGUCGCCGACAGGGAGGAGCUCAUGGGGGAGCUCAACUACGAGCAGGGCGACUUCCACACCAUUGACCGGACGCUGGCGAUCAACUCCGUCGCGGACACGAACCAGCGCCUCGGCAGCGUGCUCACGCGCGAGGACAGGCUUCUCGCGUUCCCCAACGUCUACCAGCACUGCGUUGCGCCGUUUGAUCUCGUCGACAAGACCAAGGCGGGCCACCGCAAGAUCCUCGCGCUGUUCCUCGUGGACCCGAGGAUUCCGAUUAUUAGUACGGCGAAUGUGCCGCCGCAGCAGAGGGGGUGGUGGAAGGAGGGCGCGGCGCCGGGAGACCGGUUGGGGACGUUGCCGCCCGAGGUUACGGAUAUGGUGUUUGAUAAUAUGGAUUUUCCGAUUGGGAUCGAGGAGGCCAAGAGGAUACGGACUGAUUUGAUGGAGGAGCGGACGACGAUUGCCGAGCAGGGGAUGGGGGUGAUGACGACUAUGGAGUGGAACUUUUGCGAGCACUGA